AUGGCAUCCAAAGGCUGGUUCAAUCUCGAAGCCGCAGGCGGCGCCAUUCCGGACACGCAGUUCUUUGAGGGCGACUCCGCAUUCAAGUUUCUGGGUCUCACGAGGACGCAGCGGUUGUACGGGUUCGUCGGAUGUCUCGGUAUUGGUUUCGUUCUGAGCUUGCUCGGGAGCAUCUUCCUGUUCCUCGGCUCGCUCACAAGCUUUGCAUUCCUGUAUGGCCUCGGCACGGUCAUUUCUCUUAUUGGGACGGGCUUCUUGGUCGGGUUUGCAUCCCAGCUGAAGAUGAUGUUCAAGCCGGUGCGAGUUGUCGCCACGAUCGUCUUCUUGGCGUCCAUCGGCCUCAUCUUCGUUGGGGCGUUCGUCAUCAAGAGCGACAUACUCUGUAUCAUCUUCGUGAUCAUCGAGUACAUUGCGUACACAUGGUACACGCUCUCCUACAUCCCCUAUGCACGCACCGCGAUCCUCAAGGUCUUCGGACUCUCAUAA